AUCCCCAUCCAGGGCUCAGACGUAGCAGCGAGGCAGGAAGAGGCACGGAGGGGAGGAAAGAGUUUAGCGCACACACUGCGGAGGGAGUGCGGCCAUGGGUAACGCACAAGACAAGCCCCCGGGCAGCGGAGGAGGGGGCGGCAGGUCGCAGCAGGCCGCGGCCGGAAACGGGACGAGGAGCCGGGUCGGAACCGCCGCGGAAAAGCCUCAGAGAGCUCCGGGCAAAGGGGUGGCCAACGGCUCUCCGAGGGAAAACAGCCCCGCCGGCGGACGAGGGGAGCGGAGCAGCCCCGCGGACGACACAAGUUAUCUGGACGCCCCCGCCGGGGCACUUCCUCCUCACCUGGCUCGGCUCAAGAACGCGGGGAACCACCUCUUCAAACACGGCCAGUUCGGGGAUGCCCUGGAGAAGUACACGCAGGCCAUCGACGGGUGCGCGGAAGCGGGCAUUGAGAGUCCAGAAGACCUGUGCAUUCUCUACUCCAACCGGGCCGCCUGUUUGCUGAAGAAUGGAAACAGCUCAGAAUGCAUACAGGACUGCAACAAGGCUCUGGAGCUGCAGCCGUACUCCUUGAAGCCCUUGUUGCGCAGAGCUAUGGCCCAUGAGUCACUGGAGCGCUACAAAAAGGCCUACGUGGAUUAUAAGACUGUCCUGCAGAUGGACAGCAGUGUGCAGGCGGCGCACGACAGCGUGCACAGGAUCACCAAGAUGCUUAUCGAGCAGGAAGGUCCCGAGUGGAGGGAGAAGCUGCCUGAGAUUCCCGUCGUUCCUCUGGCCGUCCAGCAGCAGCACAGAGACAAACCGGUCAGCGCGGAAGUAGCCGAAGCCCGCGCCGCUAGGGUCGCUCACGAGGAAGCCAGAAGAAAAGACGCCUGCUUCGCUUUACUGAAACGGGAAGGCAACGAUCUGGUCAAGAAAGGCAACUUUGAGGAGGCUCUGCAGAAGUACAGCGAGUGUCUGGCAUUAAAACCCGACGAAUGUGCCCUCUACACAAACAGAGCCAUUUGCCUCCUGAGACUAAACCGCUUUGAAGAGGCCAAACAGGACUGCGACUCCGCCCUGCAGAUGGAGCCGGACAACAAGAAGGCCUUCUACAGACGAGCCCUGGCUUAUAAGGGUUUACAGGACUACCUGUCGGCCAGCAGUGACCUUCAGGAAGUCCUCCAUCUGGACCCAAAAGUUCAGGAGGCCGAGCAAGAGCUUGAGCUGGUGACGAGCUUGCUGAGACAGAGCCUGAUGGACAGUACUCCGAGGGUUUGAUGUUUGCGGAGGAAGGCGUGCACACGUCACAGGUCUGCAGCAGUUAUGGAGGAAAAAUACGACUCCUAAAGACGUGUGGUUGCAGUAAGUGAGACCUGUGAAAGGACUCUGAUCUUCUGGAAAGGGGCUCCUUGGACAACCAGCUUUUCAGUUCUGCACCAUCUGCUGCAAUGUGUGCAAACCGCACCACGGCUCCCUGAGUACACGGGCCUUACAUAACGGGUCGCGUUGUUCAUAAAAGGCAAACAUCAAGGUACUCGUGACCUGCUUGCACUAUAAAUCAUACACCACAUUCUGACGUCAUGUACUGUACAUACAGAUCGAUUGUACCGGGCUGCAGAUGCGCCGUUUUAAGGCGGAGGGACGCGGGGAAGUGUAAGAGUGUAUUAUGUGUGCCUUAUUGAGAUUUCUACCAGUCGGUCUGAAAUAUGCCAAGAUUCAACUCUGACUUGUUUCUUCCUGAUGUUGUGUUUGGUUCCAUCGCGGUAAACUGAACUCACGACAGCACUGACAGAAGCUGAUACAACUCCACUGUAUUGCAUAUAGAGAUAAGGACUAUAAAGGUUUUCACCUAUCUAAGGACAUCUGUCAUUGUUUACAUGUUUUAAUCAGCUGCUACGUUUUAAAAUCGAGAUUACAGCUCAAGACCCUGAAGAAGUGAUGCGUUACAAUUAUGUUUGAAGAUGGCAAAAUAAAAAUGUUUCACAGUUUAAAUAUCGCCUGAGCUCAGUGCUUAAGUUAUUAAUUAUAAAUUGACACUUUAUUUGUUCAGGAAAUAUUCAGCACCUGAAGGUAGCGUUAAUUAAUCCUGUUACUGUAAGAAUCGUAGGUCUCAGGUUUGAUCUUGAAUGAAACCAAGAUGAUUGCAUGUGUCUUUGUGUGUGAGUAGGUGGACAGUAUUUACGUUUGGAAAGUCUCUAAUCAGAAAAGUUGUAAAAUAGCUGUUAACCCUGAACCCUCGGAUCUGUGCGUUGAAAUCUCUCAGUUCAAAAUGAAACAUACUGGGCAGAGUUGAGGUCCACCUUUAUAAAGUCCCGCAGCCUGUAGACACGUGAGGAUGUCUCCGGUGCUCGAUGGACAGCUACCGGACCUCACCUAGUUAGACAGAAGCACAGGUAUACGUCGCUGAAAUAACUGAAACAUCGGUUUCGGUUCCUACGAUUUAAAACAUCUCCAAACAAUGUAAAUCUAUGUAUAGCACAAUGUGCCACAACUUUCAUUUCUUUCAUACUCCGAUCUACGUCCAAUCUUAUUUAACCUGUUAACCAUUUUACCACUUGCAUUGUCUAAAUAAAAGCCUGGAAAUCUCAACUAAAUGAAACCCCUGAUCGGAGGCUUGACGUGUUGCUUUGUGGAAUGUAGGCGCAUGUACUGUAUGUAAAUAGUUUGGAUGCAAAUGUAAAUAAUAAACUGCUAUAUGGAUGCUUUAA